AUGCAAGAGCGGCUGACGGGCGGCGCGCGACUGGGAUUGGGACGGACGGCGAGGGCAUAUUUAGUGUGCUGGACGGCUAGGGAUUGGGACGGACGGAGGGCGAGUGCGACUAGGGCUUCGAUCGAUUUUGGGCGAAACGGGAACGACGAACGGCAAGGGCCGAGUGCAGCGGACGGAGAUUGUUAUGGCGACGAGCGGAUUAAGUGUGGCGGACGACUAGGGAUUGGGACGGACGGAGGCCAAGUGCGACUAGAGCUUCUAUCAAUUUUGGGCGAGACGAGAGUUAGGAAGACGUCGGACGGCAAGGGCCGAGUGCGGCGGAAGGCGAAGGCCGAGUGCGGUGGACGGCGAUUGUUACGGCGACGGGGGGCGUGA